AUGGAAGGACUCUCGUUUCUGUUAGUACUCUUGUGCACCUCCUUCCAUGUUGCUUUCUCCUUUAUUGACGGAUACGUGGCAAAUGGAGAAUUUGAGAUGGGGCCGAAGCCAUCAGACAUGAAGGGCACGGUGGUGACCGGCGGUCCCCACGCUAUACCGGAUUGGGUCAUCUCUGGCUACGUUGAGUACAUAAAAUCAGGUCAGAAACAAGGUGACAUGUUGCUUGUGGUGCCAGAGGGUUCAUAUGCGGUGAGGCUUGGCAACGAUGCUUCUAUUAAGCAAAGGAUAAAGGUCACCAAGGGAAUGUACUAUUCUAUCACGUUUGUGGUAGCACGCACAUGUGCACAAGAUGAGAGACUCAAUGUCUCUGUGACACCAGACUGGGUGGUGCUCCCAAUGCAAACAUUAUAUAGCAGCAAUGGUUGGGAUGCUUAUGCAUGGUCCUUCCAAGCAGAUUUCCCUGAUGUGGAUAUGGUUAUUCAUAACCCGGGAGUGACAGAGGACCCAGCUUGUGGCCCACUCAUUGAUUCUAUUGCACUCAGUGCCCUGUACCCUCCUAGACCAACUAAGAGGAACAUAUUGAAAAAUGGUGGUUUUGAAGAAGGACCAUAUGUGUUCCCAAACACAUCUUGGGGUGUGCUUAUCCCACCAAACAUUGUAGACCUCAACGAACAUUCUCCAUUGCCAGGAUGGAUAGUGGAGUCACUGAAGGCAGUGAAAUACAUAGACUCGGAGCAUUUCUCAGUUCCACAAGGAAGAAGAGCAGUGGAACUGGUUGGAGGAAAAGAAAGUGCCAUUGCACAAGUAGCCAGAACCAUUCCUGGCAAAACGUACGCUCUCUCCUUUGCUGUUGGAGACGCUGGUGAUUCAUGUGAAGGGUCAUUGAGUGUUGAAGCAUUUGCUGGUAGAGACACUAUAAAGGUUCCUUACGAGUCCAAAGGCAAAGGUGGGUUCAAGCGUGCAGCACUCAAGUUUGUUGCUGUUAGCCCAAGAACACGCAUUGCGUUCCUUAGCACGUUCUACACCAUGAGAAGCGACGACCUCUCUUCGCUGUGUGGACCUGUGAUUGAUGAUGUCAUCUUGCUCAGUGCUCGCAAACCAUAG